AAAUACCCACGGAAGCGGCAGAUUUUUUAGGAGGAAGGAGAAGAGCAUAACAAGAUUUGAACUUGUUCGAGGCUUAUUUCGAAUUUAAAUAAUUGUCUUGCAUAUGUUUAUGUAGACGAUUAUUAUUUGACAUGGGGAAAGAGGGUUUUCUAAGCCCAAAGGCGAUCGGGAAUAGGAUUAAAGCAAAAGGUCUUCAAAAAUUGCGAUGGUAUUGUCAAAUGUGCCAGAAACAAUGUCGAGACGAGAAUGGCUUCAAAUGUCACUGCAUGUCCGAGUCCCACCAGAGACAACUGCUGCUGGCCUCGGAGGACCCCAACAAGAUCAUGGACAACUUCUCACAGGAGUUCAAGAAUGACUUUAUUGAGCUGAUUAAAAGACGCUUUGGAACCAAGCGAGUGCAAAACAACAUUGUCUAUAACGAGUACAUCAAUGACAGAGAGCAUGUCCAUAUGAACUCCACCCAGUGGGAGACUCUCACUGAAUUCACCAAGUGGCUGGGGAAAGAGGGUUUCUGUAAGGUGGACGAGACGCCCAAAGGCUGGUACAUCCAGUACAUCGACCGUGACCCAGAGACCAUCCGGAGGCAGGAGGAGCUGGAGAGGAAGAAGAAGCAGGACCUCGAUGACCAGGAGCGCAGUGCCAAGUUCAUAGAGGAGCAGGUCCGCCGAGGCCAAGGAGGCAGGGAGCCAGAGGAAGCACCGGUUUUCACUGAGUUGAAACGAGAAAGUGAAGAAGAGAAAAUUACCUUCAAUCUGGCCAAGGGCUCCUGUUCCUCUGCGGAUGGCCUAUCUAAAGCCAGUGUGGCCCUGGGUCCCAGUGCCCUGAAGGCAGCAGGAUCAGGGAAAAGGAAAGAUGCGCCCUCCACCUCAGAAGCCAAAGAGAAGAAGAAGAAGUCAGCCCUGGAUGAGAUCAUGGAGAUGGAGGAGCAGAAGAAGAGGUCUGUGAGAGCGGACCACUGGCUGCACCCCGGCAUCGUAAUCAAAGUUGUUACCAAGAGACUGGGGGAGAAAUACCACAAGAAGAAAGGAGUCAUCAAGGAGGUGCAGGAUAAAUACACAGCCGUUGUGAAGAUGAUUGACACAGGGGACAAACUGAAACUAGACCAGAGUCACCUGGAGACGGUCAUCCCUGCACCAGGUAAACGGGUCCUGGUUCUGAACGGUGUGUACAGAGACACAGAGGCCCUACUGGACUCCAUAGACGAGAGAAAGUUCAGUGCCACCCUCACACUUGACUCGGUAAGGACCAGGCACAAAAUGGCUCUCGUCAUGCAUCAGUUUCUACCGUUUGGUGGUGGAAUAGAUGUUUGGUAUAGCAAAUGCUUUGGGAUGAUAUGAAUGGUUCUUAUUUUCUCAUACAAGGGUGUGUUUUCUUCCUCAGGGUCGGAUGAAAGGGAGGAGGGUGGACGGGAUUGCCUAUGAGGAUUUCUCUAAAAUAGCCGGAUCUAUCAUGACUUCUGUUACAUGACAGCGUAACCCAAGAGCCCCUACCCUGCCACUGAGGCCCAUCAGCCGAGAGACUCUACUGUGUCAGAGUUACUUUCUCUAAAUAUCCCAGAAUGCAUUUUCUAUGGAGGUAUCACUUCCUGACUUAGCCAAGCAAUGAUUAUGGGGGGGAAACAUUUUCUUUUUAGUUUUCUUUUGUAUCGUUAUUAAAAUGGUUCUCUACAAAUACAUUUUAAUGUUGUAAUAUUACUUAUUGAAUAAAGUACAACACAAUUGA